CAAACACACACUAAUACAUUCAAGCUGCUUACUAUUCGCUGUUCAUUAUUCGCUACUCGCAAUUCAUCGUUCAUCAAUCGUUUCGUCUACACUCUAUAAAAAUUGUUCAACGUUCAACGUUCAACGUUCAACAUGCAGACAUUUUGGAAAUAGCUAACUUGCAAGCAAAAUCGUAUUUUUCAUUUCGUAAAACGGUUUUGUGUCAUUUUUUCAACAAUCACUGUCACUGUUUCUCAUCGAAGUAUUUCAUCAUGCUGUGGACAAAAGAAUCGAACAAAAAUAACGCGUUGUAUGUGGAUGCUUUUUCAUUCAAAUCGCUUGGUUCUUUGAACCGUGAAUAUUCUCAGGAGCGAAAGACCGCAAAAAAUAUAUCGUGCGCUAAGAGUGAUACAAUUUCACGUGAAAGGCGAUUGGAUGGAAACCAAUCGUUUGUGAAAGAUGAUUGGUUAUCCGCGUCAGGGCUGUACAAUGACAGUUUAUGUUAUGCUGAACCGGGAUCGGAAAACAUCAGUUUGGCGUAUGCAAAUCGAUCCGCUUGUUUUCUCCACCUAAAAAAGUAUGCACAAUGCCUUGUUGAUAUCGAACUAGCUGAAAGUGCCGGCUAUCCAGCACAUUUGAUGCCGAAACUGCAGAAACGUAAGGCCGAUUGCUUAAAACUUAUCGAAGAAGGAGCACAAGAGCCGGAUGAUCGUUUGAAGCUAAGUUUCGAAGCAGAUAAAAAUUUCCCAUGCAUGGUCAACGUAUUGAAAAUCGAAAAGAAUGCCAAAGGCAAUCUGAUAAUGGUGGCCAAGGAGGACAUCGGAGUUGGCAAAACAAUUGCGGCGGAAAAAUCGUUUGCCACUUGUUUGUACUCAAAAUUCGGAUGGAGGUGCAACAUUUGCAUGAAAGAAGAUGCCAAUUUGAAACCGUGCAACAAAUGCAAUGUGGCAAUGUUCUGUUCAAACGAGUGCCAAGCGAGUCUUAUUCACGAGUAUGAAUGCGGCCAAAGGUUCUGUAGAUCAACUCAAACGAAUGGUGCCAUUAUGAACGAGAUGCGAAUGAUAUUCAAGGCGAUCGAAAUGUUUCCAAACAUCGAUGAGCUCAUGGCAUUCGUUGAGCAAGCCGUUCAAGGCGAUCAAAAGGAAAUUCCACAGGCAUUUUUGGACGAGAAGUCGAAGUACCGCGCAUUCCUUAAACUGCCAGUCAAUCCGACAAAUACGAACAAAGACGAUUUUUGGUUGAUUACAUUCUGCACUUACAGAAUGCUCAUGGAUAUGCCGAAGAUGAACGCGAUGUUCAAGGCCAAGAGGCAUAAUCGCUUUCUCAUACAUCUCAUUAUGCAACAUGUUCAGAUCAUGAGUAAAAAUUCGAUCCGAAUCCGUCUUUGUUCGGUCGAAGCAGCUCCACGAAAACGAACUGACGUAUGCACCCACACAGGAAUGUUGAAGGGUUACUUUGAACACUCGUGUGCUCCUAACGUACUGUGGAUUGAUAAUAACGGUUAUUCGCUGUACAUAACGACACGCCCCGUCAAAAAGGGAGAACAACUGUUUGUCACCAUGUUCGAUUUGCUGUCAAAACCUAAGGCGGAACGUCAGCGCAUCUUGUGGGAACAAGGCAAUUUUCUAUGUGUAUGUUCAUUAUGCACUGGACCAGAAGCCACACCAGAGCAACGUAAACAAUUGCUAUCCGAUCCACUUUAUCGAUCUGGCGGUUUCGAUUGUCUUGAUAAAUGCGCCACAAUUCUGCAGAAACAUGGCCACGGUCCAUUGUGCAAAGAAAUGAAAAACCUAUUGGACGGCUAUUGUAUGCAGUUAAGGUUCAAAUAUACCAAUUCGACGAACAUUCGUGCCUGGGCCGAAAUUGUUAGCGACAGUUUAUCUGAUGAGUAAGACUACAAAAUUAUGUUCGAAUUCAGAUUCAUAUCGCUUUCAAUAAUUUCAUUAAAUUUUCUACUUUUGAAACAACAAAAAAACGUUCUACUCAACACAUGAUAUUCAUAUAAGAAGAGAGAAUUUUUAUGUAAUCAUAUGAAAAACAAUAAAAAUAAAAUCAUUCAUUUUAAAUGCGCAAAACGCAUCACAUCGUAGUCGUGUUAUCAUUCUCUUAUUUUUGUGACUUUCCAUUUUUUGUUUAUACAGACAAAAUGACGAGCAACACAAUCGUUUUCAGUAAACAAUCACUUUUUCAUAGGAAGACUUGAGCUGACUGUACACAAAAUCGUCUUAUUGGAAGUGUUUAUUCUAAAUUGCACAAUCGGUUUUGUUAUUCUAAUGGUUCCACUAAAAUGAAGACGUUUGGUUUUGUAAGUAAACAAAUCAUGUCGUCAAAUGAAGACAUUCAUUUCGAGUCAAUGUAUUAUUUGAAUCCGAUGAGAAGCGUUCGAAUAUUUUUAUUAAACAAUUUAAAUCAACCGCUGAAUCCAUGAAAAUGAAUAUCAUAGCUCAUCGUUGUGUCAACAAAUGUGUCGAAAAAGACGUCGUAACUGUGUUAGUCGGGCAUCAUAUCGUUGCACGCAUACACGAACUGAUAUUAUGCUUACAUUGUGGUAUCUCUGCUGUGUGCACAAUCUGAAGUGGUUCGUCUCAACACAUUCACAUUCAACAUCAUCGCAUGGCAAUUCAAAUUGAGCUCCCUUCAAAUACACUAAGACAUUAGCACAUCGAACCAUUCGAUUAUUGCGACAGUGUUGACGGCACAGAAAGAAACACUAUUGCAACAAUAACGCUUGUGCGAGAAAACACGUCGAAAAAAUUCCUAUAGUCAACUGUUUUUGUUCUGUCCAAAUUCAAUUGUUUAUCGCCUGAGGUUUCAUUGUCUGUGUAGUUAAACAACUGUCAUCAUGUUGUGGGCAAAAGAGUCAAACAAAAAGAGCGCAUUGUACGUGGAUAUAAUGAAGCUAAGUGGUCGAUCCGUCAACAUAACCUACAACACGUUGUUUGCAAACACAAAAACGAUGCCAAAGAAGAGCGACCGAGUUUCGUUAACAAAACGAGGGCGUGGAAAUAUGUUGUUUGGUAUGCGUGACUGGGCUCAAGCAAUGGAAUUGUACAAUGAGUGCCUGUGCUAUGCUGAAAGUGGAUCAACAAACAUCAGUUUGGCAUACGCAAAUCGAUCGGCAUGUUUCUUCAAGAUGAACAUGUACGAUGAAUGUCUCACUGACAUUGAAUUGGCAACAAAGGCUGGCUAUCCGGCGCAUUUAAUGCCAAAGUUGGAUAAUCGCAAAGCGGAGUGUCUGAAGCUCAUUGAAGCGGGUGCACAAAAGGAGAUUGGUCCAAAGUUGAGCUUUGAAGCAGACAAGCAAUUGCCGUGCAUGGCAAAUGUGUUGAAGGUUGUACGAGAUUCGAAUGGUGAUUAUUCCAUAGUAGCCAAAGAAGACAUCGACGUUGGCCAAACGAUUGCGUACGAAGAGGCGUUCAGCAAGUAUCUCUACGUGCGACCAGGAUGGAAGUGCAAUCUGUGUUUGGAACGAAACACCAAUCUGGUUCCGUGCAACGUUUGCCCGAGUGCAAUGUUCUGCCACAAAAAAUGCCAGGAGAAUUUUCUGCACGAGUUCGAGUGUGGCAAGGGUAUUUCGGACGAUACUCACAUCAAUGGAAUAAAUAUGAAAGAGAUACGAUUGCUUCUGCAGGUAAUUCAAAUGUCCGAGUUCUCGAGCGCCGAUGAUCUGAUGAAUUUCGUCGAAGAAACAAUUGCCAGCGACCCGAAGAAAUUGCCAGAGCAUUUGACGGAUGCAAAAUCGAAGUACGAAACGUAUCUGAAACUGAAAAUCGGAAAGACAUUCGUUGCAUCAGAGGUAUGGUCAGCGGUUGUGCAACGAAUUUACAACUUUCUGUUGGAAAUCCCAAAGAUCAGCGCCAUGUUCCAAUCGAAGAAGCAUCGUCAUUUCUUGAUGCAUCUCAUCGGUCAACAUUCAAAAGUUUCGAAUUCCAAUGCGUACAACUUGAAUGUGCCAAUGCGAGAUGGUACAUCAAAGCCGUUCUACUGCCAAAUUGGACUGAUGACUCGUUAUUUUCAGUAUGCGUGCAAUCCUAAUGUGGUAAAUUUUGAUUACGACGGCGACAUGAUGUUCAUCACAGCUCGACCGGUGAAGAAGGGAGAACAAUUGUUCUUGUCAUACUUCUGGCCAUUGAUUCCGAACAAACAAGAACGCCAAAAGGCACUGUGGGAACAGCGAGAAUUGGUUUGCCGUUGCUCAUUCUGUGAAGGUACAAGCGCAUCAUUGGCACAACAAAAACGAAUGAAAGACGAUCCCGACUAUCGAUACAUCGCAUAUCACUACGAUACAUUCGCAUCAGGUAGCAAGGAAAGCGAACAAAAGGUAUUGGACAAGUGCACGGCCUUUUUGAAGCGGUACGCUCAAGUUCCAUGGAGCAAUCAAAUCGGAAAAGUCGUUAACGCCUACAAGUUUACGUUAGCCACAAAAGUUGCCAGCAGUAAUGUUCCGUGGCGAUGCGUUGAAUAUGAAGAAAACAGCGAUUUCUAUGUCUAAGUUGAGUCAACAAGUCAACAUACCAAUCGAAUUCAAGUGGAACUGUACGAAAAGAAGAGUUUUAGUGAAGAGAAGAAAACGAUUCAUUUUCCAAUUAGAAAAAGUAAACGGUAAACGAAAAGAAAAUGACGAAGAAAAUCAUAAAAAAAUGAAGUGAGAAAAAUUGUUCAAGAAGUAAUUUGUUUGAAAGAAUAAUGAAGUUUUGAUUAUAUGCGAUACAAGAAGAUAAAAUAUGGAAAUAAAACCUAAAAAAAUGAUAAUGAAAUCUGAUGAAUAAAAUGAUUCGAAAAUGCCGCUAUUUUGGCAUCAACGGAAAUCGUAGUAA